AUGGUUGCAGGAUCUGACGUAAUUGCUCAGACCUUGGUUGAGCUUGAAAUAGAUACGGUCUUUGGUAUUGUAGGGAUUCCAGUGGUGCAAGUUGCAGAUGCCUUAAUUGCCAAGGGAAUCAAAUUUAUUGCUUUUAGAAACGAACAGGCUGCUUCGUAUGCUGCUUCUAUUUAUGGGUUUCUUACUAAGAAGCCGGGUGUGUUGCUUGUAGUUGGAGGGCCCGGCGUGGUCCAUGCUACGGCUGGGAUCUUGAAUGCGAACUCAAACUGCUGGCCGUUGUUGGUACUCGCUGGAUCAGCAUCAUUUGAUGAAAACCAAAAGGGAGGAUUCCAGGAGUUAGAUCAAGUGUCGUACUUGGCUGGGCAAACCAAGUUUGCUGCUAGACCCUUUGACAUAUCUCAGGUUCCAAGGUUAAUCGAAAAGGCGUACAGAGUGAGUUAUUUUGGAAAGCCUGGAACAACAUACAUUGACUUGCCUGCUAAUUUAAUUCAAACUCAAAACGCUACAGACUUGUCUAAAUCAAUUGAGCCCCCUAGAGAUGCACCAAGGUCUCAGGCAGACCCUGCUAAAAUAGCGAUAGCUGCUAAGAUCUUGUCUCUGGCCAAGAACCCGCUAGUUAUUAUUGGGAAGGGUGCAGCGUACGCUGAUGCAUCUGAAAGUAUUUCCGAGUUGGUGAACAAGUAUAAAUUACCAUUCUUGCCAACCCCAAUGGGUAAGGGAGUCGUUCCAGACUCUCACGAACUCAAUUUCCUGUCAAGUCGCUCGUUGGCUAUAUCUUCGGCGGAUGUUAUUGUCCUCUGCGGUGCAAGGUUGAAUUGGAUUUUGCAUAGCGGAGAAAGGUUCCUUGAUGAUGCUAAGAUUAUUACUAUUGAUAACCACGCAGAGGAAAUUGGUAACAAUCGCUCAAUAUCAACUAAAUACGGUUUGUAUGGAGAUUUAGAUUUGGUUGUUCGUCAAUUGUCACUGGAGUUGCAUGCUCUCAAUUAUACACCUCCACCAAUAUAUCAAGAGCUCAUUGUUAAAAGGAAAAUAAAUACGCAAAAGGCGGAAGCAAUAGACGCAAAACCGACUCCUGCUGGUGCAUUACUUUCUUACCACAGAGUUUACAAAAUUAUACGGGACGCCCUUAUCGAUAGCUCAGUCGAAGAGAAAGGUAUUACGUAUGUUUCCGAAGGUGCAAACACGAUGGACAUUUCGAGGACGUCUUUCCCUUUGAACUACCCCAGAAAGAGACUAGAUGCUGGAACCAAUGCAACUAUGGGUGUAGGAUUGCCUUACGCGAUCGCUGCUAAGGUAGCCAAUCCUAAUGAAUUAGUAGUUGCCUUGGAAGGAGACUCCGCUAUUGGGUUUACUGGAAUGGAAUUGGAAACUAUUGCCAGAAACGAUUUGGCUAUGAUUAUUGUUGUCUUGAAUAACAGCGGCAUCUACCAUGGCUCUGAUCCAAAAUUGUAUGAAGUUGGUAGCAAUACUCCACUUCCAUCUACUGCCUUGUCACAAAACACCAGAUAUGAUUUAGUUGCUCAAGGUUUAGGAAUAAAUGGUGCCUUGGUGCAUAAUGAGGAAGAGUUGGAAAAGGCAAUAAAGGACGCAAUUUCAGCUUACCAACUAGAAAACAAGUCCACUUUGAUCAACGUCAAGAUCGAUUUGGGAUUAAAUACCACUCUAUCCUUCGGUUGGCAAAACAAUAAGAAGAAAUCUAAGCUUUAG